AUGCUCAUUAGUAUCUGUGGGGAAUUCUAUGUUGUAAUGUUGGCCAACAAGAAUUUGACAGUGCUGUCGAAUUUCAAACAAUUUAGUACUUACGUUUAUGGGAGAGUGUAUAUUACGAAUUGUCAAGGGAUAGUUGGUUGUCAGUUUGCGUCUAACAGAACACUCACAUCCAAAAUAAAGAUACUUAUCAAUUCAGCAUUAAAUUUUAUCAUUAAAAAUUUGGAAGCUGCACCUCAGAAUGGCAGGAUUUGCUGCCCAGGCAGCAUUGAGGUCAAAGUGGAGUAAUUUGGUUGAGUCUUCCUCAUUUGAUGUACCUGGAGAGGUUUCGUCGGGUGUGAGAAGUGUUGUUGGAUGGCUGAAACAGGCGUCUCUAGAGGUACGCCAGGCAGGUCGGAGAACACUCACUACCUUGUCAGGUGGAGCUAUGGCUACUUCUCCUAUUACGAUUCUGCAUUAUAAUGAUGUAUAUAACAUCGAGUCCAGAGCAACGGAACCAGUGGGAGGAGCAGCAAGAUUCUGUACUGCAAUUAAAUCUUUCAGCCAUCUUAAUCCAUUAGUGCUGUUCAGUGGUGAUAUAUUUUCUCCAAGCAUGCUGAGUUCCUUCACAAAAGGAGAGCAGAUGGUUCCAGUCCUGAACGAGUGUGGCACACAUUGUGCUGUAUUUGGAAACCAUGAUUUUGAUUUUGGACUAGAAGUUCUUGGUGAAUUGGUGAAUCAGACUACUUUUCCAUGGCUGAUGUCAAAUGUUAUUGAUCAAGAGACUGGGAGGCCUUUGGGAGAUGGCCGAAUAACAUAUGUUGUUGACUGGAAUGGGAAGAGAAUAGGACUUGUUGGUCUUGUGGAAAAGGAGUGGCUGGACACACUUGCAACUAUAAACCCAGAAGAAGUAACAUUCCUUGAUUUUGUGGAAGCAGGGAAGAAAUUAGGAGCUCAGCUGAAGCAGGAGGGUUGUGACUAUGUUAUAGCACUCACUCAUAUGAGAAUGCCAAAUGAUAUUAAACUUGCUGAAGCUGUUGAAGAAAUUGAUUUGAUUCUGGGAGGACAUGAUCACAUUUAUGACAUUAGACAGGUGAAUGGUAAAUAUGUUGUGAAAAGUGGGACAGAUUUUCGGCAAUUUUCAAAAAUCACUGUUACAUUUGAUAAAAACAAUAUUGAUGUUAACGUAGAAGAGAUUAAUGUUUCCUCUGAAUAUUGUGAGGAUGCUAUACUGUCCAAAGCUUUGGAGAAAUAUUCAAGUAUCAUGGAAGGUAAAAUGGAUGAAGUUUUAGGAUCAUUUGCUGUUCCACUGGAUGGCAGAUUUGAAAGUGUACGAACUUGCGAGACCAAUUUGGGCAACUGGGUAUGUGAUGUUGUGCUAGCUGCAACUGGUGCUGAUCUGGUCUUAUUGAAUUCAGGAACAUUCAGGUCUGAUAUGAUCCACCCAGCAGGACCAUUUACUAUGAGAGAACUUGUUGCUGUAAUACCUAUGAUGGAUCCGUUACUAGUUCUUUCUGUCACAGGGAAUGAUAUACUCAGAGCACUGGAGAAUGGUGUUUCAAACUAUCCAAAACUAGAAGGAAGAUUUCCUCAAGUAGCUGGUCUGAGCUUCGCUUUUGACCCAUCCAAAGCAGUGGGGCAGAGAGUAGAUCCUCAGCUGGUGCGCAUUGGAGAUGAGUACCUGAUUCCAGAUCAGCAUUAUCGCCUUGCAACAAAGUCUUACCUUUAUUCUGGCUGCGAUGGAUACACCAUGUUUAAAGAUGCCAAAAUAGUGGUAGAUGAAGAUGAAUGUCCUGAAUUGGGUUUAGCAAUUCAGAAUCACUUCCAUGCCAUAAAUAUGCGCCUGGGCAAAACUAAACGACAUUCAAAACACCGACAAAGCCUUGUCACUUUGUCUCGCAGACACAGCCUAGUAAAAAUGUUGGAUGGUGGUGAACUGGAUGGACCUACGCCACUCCGCCGCUCAACUACUGUAGAUGUAGGCUCUGGUGAAGGGCCUCGACACUCCCCAAGUCCACCUCCUCAACCACGUAACCGUCUAACUCGGCGUGCCAGUCUCGAUGAUCUAGAGCACGAGUCCUGUCAAUUGAUGCCACGUGUUGAGGGUCGAAUAGUGAUCCUUACUGAUCAGAAGCGCCAGGAACUAUUAUUGGAGCGGAAGAGACUCGAGGAAGACUCAGUAAUACCAGAAGUAGAAGAUGAAUGUUCACCUCAGGGAAGCAUUGAUCAGUCGUAGUUUAUAUACAAAUACUUAAAGACAUGUUAGUUCAGUAUGUGAUUAACUAUAAAUUUUAAUACAGAGGACAAUUAAAUAAAUGACAAUGGCUGUGGACGUAUUGCACAUUUACUGUUGGACUCGGUAUCUUUUUCCUUCUUUUGUACACAGUAUAUGUGGUACCACUGAUAAUACUCAAUGUAUAGGAUGUACAAUAUUUUAUAUAAUUUUAAUUUUAUUAUCUAUUUGACUACCUCCUUAAACUAGUUAGAUUUUGUUUCAAACUUCAGUUUUUGAAACAUUUUCUAGGUAACUGAUGGUGCUGUGUGUUAUAAUCGUACAUUAAAUUGUCAAAUUAUGCUAAUGUUUACCAGUAUUCUUGUACAAAAAUCUUGCACUUGAAAUCCUAAGUGCCAGAAAUUGCCAUAAUUAUAUUAUUAUCACUGAUUCUUUUAUUUUAUCACUUUUAAUUUAUUAAUUGUAAAUAAUGUGUACAAACAGGAAAUAUUUUAUAUUUGUUUAAUAGUAGUUAGAGAGUCUAAAAAGUGAGAAAAAAACAAAAUUGUGACCUAUUUGCUUGUGCAUAGACCUAUAUUGAAUUUUAAUUUCAAUUUGCUUUUGCAAUUUGGAACAUACAUGUAAAGCACUGUGGUAACAGUACAAAAAAUAUUUAUACCAUCAAAAGACAAUUCUUGGGAUGUAGAUUUCUGAUGUCAAACAUUACUCUCAAAUAAUUGUUUGUUUUCCUUGUAACAAAAUGUGGUAUAUAAAGAAAUUAUAAUUAUAUUUGAUUUUUUUCUCAUUAUAUUUCAGUGAUAGCAUCUGAGAAUUCUCAAAAAAUUUAAUUUCAUGUAUCAUUUCAAUUAAAGUGCAGAGUAUGCCACGUGAAACAAUACAGGACUCAGUGAAAAAAAAAAAAAAAAAAAAAAAAAAAAAAAAAAAAAAAAAAAAAAAAAACUUUUUCUGUAUAGAUAAAAAUUAUCAUGAUAUUUGUUGGUAGCAAACAUUAUAUUUUGUACUUGAAUUCUUGUGAUUUUAGUAAUAUCCAAUACUUCGUUUUUGUGUCACCUUUUCACUGCAUAUCUUCUUUAAAGCUUAUCAUGACACACACACACACACACACACACACACACACACACACACACACACACACACACCCUGUGCCCUCAGUACAUACUUUACGUUGAUUGCAGUUUUUGCACAGUGUUAGAAUUUUAAAUGCAAGAGCCAUGUUACAGGCUUAUUAAAGAAUAUAAAAUGAUGGUCUGCAGUCUUGUAAUGUGUCUCCGUCCAUUUUUUGUAACUUUCUGUUAAUAAUAUCAAAACAUAUGUACUGUUGUAGUAAUACAGUGCAGUAAUGAAUACAUUAAAAAGUAGUGACAAUUAUACAUGCUGUUUAUUGCAGCUUUUAAUGUAGUCCAGACAUGCACAGUCAUAAUUGAGUCUUGUCCUGUUUGAGGAAUUCUUGCUCAUUAUUAACAAUGUAAGACAUUUCUUAUCUUUGAAGUGAUCACUUAUAGGAUGCUAUUCUGGAAGCAUCUCACUUGGAGAAAACAAUUUCAUUUGCUGGUGGUCACAAGUUUUCCUUUCACUUAUUGAAACUGAAAUAUAUUUCAAAACAGCUUUUUGGGUGUCCUAAAUUUGCACUUUUUGCCUGUUACUCGUUUUUAAAACCUCACAAAAAUACAUGGAACAUUAAUUGUUGUAUAAGCUGGUAGCUUACUCUUAUUAUUUUAUUCUAGGAGAAGCUAUUAUAAAAAGAAUUCUCUUUCUAUAUAAUAGCAGAAGCCUAAGCACAUAAAUCUGUGUUUCGUGCAUCCAAACUUGCUUAAGAGAGCCCUCUGUACAAUGAGAAAAAAAGUAAUUUUACUCUAUUUAUUAUGGUUCACGUGCCUCCCGCCCCCCCCCCCCCCUCCCCCCAAUUAGCAGUCGUAACAACUGUAUUUUCUUCGCAUCAUUAAAUUCAUUUAUUUAUUGUAAUUUUUUUUCUCUCUCCAUUUCAAAAUUAAAUCCGAGAACAUGCAGUUUGCAUUUGCCUUGUAUGUACUGCAUAGUGCUUGAGUAAAUGUCAUUCUAAAAAUGACAAUUGGAAAUGUAGCUUUGGCCUUUCGUGAAUCUAAAUUAAUAGACAAGAAUGUUGUUUUAUUAUUAUUCUUUUAUCCAUCUCUGUUACUAAUAUUAAUUUCUAUUAUUAUUAUUACUUUUUUUUAAGUUACUUUUAAUUUUUGUCACUGUUUCACUUUUCAGUGUAAAUUCUAAUAACUUAAAACAAACACAUUAAAAGCAUGCUAUGUUUUCAAAUUUUCCAUUCUUUGAUGUGUUAUUUCUUUGUUUUGGAGAUCUCCAUUUCUUUCUACAGGCUUCCAUUAUAACUAUUUCCAGUAUAUACUGUAGACAUAUUAAUUUCUUGUAUUACAGAUAUCAUUAAGCCAUAAUUUAAAAGUUUCAUGACAGCUUAACAGGAGAUGAUAUGUGGCAACCCAAUAAAAAUAUUCUUCUAAUACGAUUUUAACAUAUUAAUUCGGAGUAUGAAAGAGAAAUGCGAGCUAAUAUUACAUUCAAUAUAAGAAGAAUGCCCUGCUAGUGACCAAAAAUAAUAACUAGAGUAACACCAGAAGACAAACAAACAAACAUAAAGUAAAGUAAAUAUUUCAGAUUCAUUUCGGUCUGUGUUUUUCAGCAGAUCCCACUCUUAACACAAUACCAAAUUCUGAACUUCCUAAUUGUCUCUUUCUCCAAACAAACAGCAGUAUAUAAUGAAGUAUCUUGAUUUCCUCUACUUAUCUCUUUUAUAUAGUGUAUGAUAAAUAUCCCCAAUAAACACUAUUACAUAUUCAGACUUUGCUGCUUUCUUGCCCUAUGAGCAAUUUAAUUAAUCCUGAAACAUGUGUAGGAUAUGUCCCAGCAACGUCAUUCUUCUUCCAGUAAGAUUUUUCUUCUGGUGUAUUUCCAACUGUUCUUCAACCACAUUUUCAACAUUAUUGUUUAUUAGUGCAGGUGAUAAACAAAUAAUCACCAUUGUAAUCAUUAUUCAGCAACAGAUCCAUCAGUAACUUUGAUUUGUUACACAUCAUUACUGUUACAGUAUGUUUUUACACAUAUGGGCUCCAUUAUGUUGGCACUGGAUGUCACUAUCUGCAGAGUGUAUUGUAAGUUCUGAGUGUAUUGCUAACAUGGCCAUUAGAAACGGGGGCGGCAGAUGACCAAACUUCAUUCACUUGUGUGAGAGAACAGUCAUAGUUUCAUGUCAUCCUUGACAGACAAAAAAAGACAUGCUGAGAGUUCUUCUGUACUCCACCAAACAAGAAGCAGUCUGAGUAAUGUGCAGAUGUUUGAGAAAAUGCCCAUUGUUAAAUCCGAGUCUAGCUAUUAAAGAAGCCAAGUAGAUGAAUUGCAUGACUCUUGCCAUUGUGCCUUGUUGUCUGCUUCCAUUCAUGUUGUCAGUCUUCUAGUUAGCACUCAUUUGCAGUCUGCACUUUAAAUUUUAGUCCAAGUAAUCCAUAUUUGGAAUUUUAAUCUGAGUAAUGUCUUCUUCCAUAGCAUCUAUAGCUAAGUGGUCAACAAUUUCAGUACCGUUAAUCAUACUAAGCAACAUCACCCAAAGAAAGGCAACAGAUUUAUCUUCUUCUUUCAUUGAUACCAACACUUCAGUUAUUCUGUACUUACCACUUUAAAUGCCACAAUGCCACCACCAGCUAUAAUACAGAAUUACUCCUGACACUGUGUGCUUGCCGGUACCCACAGCAGAGCCUCAUGCCUGAUGCUAUGGUCUGUCCUGGCCUGGCAGUGAAAUGUCUGGCACUGUGUGUGUAGCAGUCAACGUGUUAAAAAAGAGUUUUCCAUCAUGGUGACACAAAAUUUUUCAGCAUUGUUCGAGCAGACAAUUAACUGCUGAUUACAAUGGCGAAUCUUUUGUCAUCUGCAAGUAUAAAUUUAGACCUUCUAUAUCUCCUAUUUGACAUUUUGUAAACAAAAAGAUGAAAAUCUAUUCCAUUCUCCAUUCUCCAAUGAUUUCAUCCACUUAUUUGUUAUUUUAUCACAUCUACCUUGGUACUGUAUAAUUUUUGUUCUUUUGAAUGUAGCUGUUGUUAUGCUGAUGCUUACUCAUUAUUGUUAACUUUCCCAGCAGCAUUUAUUUUGGCCAAAGUAUUUCUACAGCCUUUGAAAUAUUGAUAAAUAACCUUCAUUGCUUUAUAAUAAUUGUGUGUUGCGUAGAGGAAUGGAAGUAAAGCUGCUACAGAAAUUGAAUUGGUUUAGACCAUUAGAACAGUCUGAAGGGGAAAAAGGAAACCACUACAAGUUAGAUAAUUUACUCACCUGCCUAAGUCUCUAUAUCAACUUUUGGAAGGUUGCAGGUACCCAGCUGUAGGGGAAAGGUUUAGCAUACUCAUUGGUUAUGUUAUUCAAAUAGCAGGUUUAUCACUUGCAAAUGAGUGUCAGAGGAGGGAGGUUGUGGGGGGCUGGGCAAGCAUGCAGAUUUUUAAAGUUUCUGUUCAUAUUUACAGACAUGUUUUAUUUGUAUUGUGUCCAUAAAUCAUCUUUAGAUGAGCACUGUCUAUAACAUACUAUAUCCAAAGAAAGUAUAACUUGUAUGAAUUUAUAAUACAGUACAGUACAGUUGCUGUUUCUGGCAAUGGCCUUGCCACAAUGGAUAUACUGGUUCCCGUGAGAUCACCGAGGUUAAGCGCUGUUGGGCGUGGCCGGCACUUGGAGGGGUGACCAUCCAGCCACCAUGCUGCUGUUGCCAUUUUUUGAGACGCACCCAGCCUUGUGAUGCCACAAAGAAAACCAUCAUAACGACUGGGAGAGCGGUGUGCUGACCACACGCCCCUCCUAUCCGCAUCCUCAACCGAGGAUGACAAGGCGGUCGGAUGGUCCCGAUGGGCCACUUGUGGCCUGAAAACGGAGUGCUUACAGUUGCUGUUUCUGGAUUAAAGCAAUUUUCUUCCUUUCUCACUUUUCUUUUUACAUUCUACGUUAUCAUAUUCUCUUCGUUGCUUGUCUCUCUCCCGUUUUAUCUGUUGCAUAUCCCAAUGAAAUUUUUAAAAAUUCUGCCCAAUAUUUAAUCAAAUUUUUAAACUGCGUCUGUGACUUAUGCCAGUUGCUGUUGUUAUGCAACUAGUAAGUGGAUUUUCCACUUGUAUCGUGAGUAUUUUUGAUAUUACUAUUUUUAAAAUUUAAAUUGGGUUUUGCUUUGAUUGUCAGAUUCUGGUUUCAGAUAACAAUGUAAAAUCAAUCACCACCUAGCACUAUAAAGAGCCACAGUCUCUCAGCAGAUGUCCUUAUGUUUCCAGGCACAAGAUUACAAAAUACACACUGUAAUAAUGUUUGUGUCUGUCUUUGAUCUUUAUCUCUUCAUUCCAUACUUCUGAAGUACAGUCAGAAACUGUCAUCUUCUUCACACAAAAUUAGUUUGAUCAAAGAAACUGUGUAUUUACAUCUGGAUGUUCUGGAAGAUACAAAAUCAAGUUGUAAAAUAUUGAAUUAAAGCACACAUUUAUCAUUUAGUUUGUAUGGUAUGUUUACAUAAUCUGAAUUCUGAAACUGUAAUGUUUUAGUGACUGUUUUCUCAGUAUGGCAGUUCAAGAGUAGAAACCUAGGUCCCACACUGUGAUACAUUUCAGCGAGUCAGAUGGCAGGGGCCCAGUGCCAUAUGCAAACUGUGUUGUCUUGUUUUUGUGGUUAUAUGUGGCACCUUGCGAAGCAGACUGGCAGCAUACUGGCAACACUGCCCCACCACAACAGUCUGUCAAUCACAAUCACAAAGUAAUUUUUAUUAGAGUAUAGAACUAUUGUUUUUUAACCAUCUGUUACCAAAAAUUGUUAUAAUAAUUUUGUUUAUGGAUAUUCUACUUCCCAUUAUGACCUUCAAAGAGAACAAGUUUGGGAUAAUACAUAAAUGUUAUCAGUGUUCAGUGAUAGUCUUUCUAGCCCAUAUCUCCAUUUGCAGACAGUGAGAAAUGUGUGGAAGAGAGUUUUUGAGAUGAAGAGAACUGUUGCUGAAGGUUGAUAGCAAUUGUGGCCUUUAUAUGGAGAAAACUCAAAAUCUGUUGCUCUUAUUAAUGAACCAAAUUAGCUUAUAAAAUGGAACCACUGGUUCUAAGUGCAUUUUUCAUCUUGGGGAAAAAUUUAUGCAUCUUUUUAUGUAGAUAUAGUUAUGUGCUGCUAUCACAUACAACCUUCCAAUGACAUGAAAGAACGCAUUAACCCCUAUUGUGCCCUUGACUUCUAACAGUGAGUUCCAGGACAUUUGACUUUUACUGUUAAGCUUUCAGGAAUCUGUUCACAUGAAUGCUAAGGAGUUUUUUCGAUGUAUCAUUACUGUUUUUUCUUCUAAGGAAUUUCUCUUGACUGCAAAUAAGUGUCAAUAUAACAGUUUUACAUUUCUUGUAGACAUCUUUUAGAAAGUACCACACGCAAUUCAUAAGUAGUCAAAACAAUUGUCUUUCUGUGUGAAAAAGCACUUUUUAGUGUAAGAAUGUCUUAUUAAUAUUGUCCACACUGAAAAUAUGAUAAAUUAUUUAUUAAAUUACUUUACUUUACUUUAUCUACUUUUUCUCUCUGGAAUGUAUGAUGAUAUAUUUCAGUAAUUCCACUAUUUCAAGAUGAAGAUAUUUAAUUUAAAUAAAUCAUAACCAAAGAAAACACUAAAAAUUAUGUGAAAGAUUACACACAAUUGCAGUUGAUAAGAUAUUUUUUGUGUUAUAAAUUGUGGGUAUUUGUAACAAAUGUGCUGUCUUAGGUUCCAAAAUAUUGGAAUGAAAUGAGUAUGUGAUAAGAGAUUAUUAUAGUUAAUGGCCUAAUUUUGAAAAAGAUAUAUGUCGUUGACUGGCAGAUUUGACUUGUGUCAAAUAGCAUUGUCAUUUUAAAUAUUUGCACAUGUUUUUAUAUGUAUGCACUAUUUGCUUACAUAAUUUUAUUGCUUUAUUGGGUAGUGUGCGUGAAUCACAUUUUGCUUUUAUUGUUAUGUAAUGCUACCCUGUAAACUAGAAUGCCAUGUUACCAAUAAAGGGCUUUUCUUGUACA